AUGGAGUCCAGCGCGCCCAACGCCAGCGACUCGCCUCGCACUUUUGCGAUGCAACACCAGCGCCCCAGGACAAGCUUUGUAGGAUGCUCGCGAAUCACAGAUUACGAUCUCCUUGGCAAGCUGGGUGAGGGUACCUUUGGUGAGGUGCAUCGCGCGAAAUCCAAGAAGACGGGAGCCCAUGUUGCCCUCAAGAAGAUCAUUAUGCACCAUGAGAAAGAUGGGUUCCCCAUCACGGCGCUGCGCGAGAUUAAGCUUCUCAAGCUGUUAUCCCAUAAGAACGUCCUGCAGCUAGUGGACAUGGCCGUCGAGCAUCCCCAGAGAGCCAGCGACAAGCGCAAGAGGCCAAUUAUGUACAUGGCCACGCCCUACAUGGACCACGAUCUUUCUGGUCUUCUUGACAACCCUUCGGUCACCUUCACCGAGCCUCAGAUCAAGUGCUACAUGUUACAACUUCUGGAGGGCCUCCGAUACCUGCACGACAACCACAUCCUACACCGCGACAUGAAAGCCGCCAACCUUCUCAUCAACAAUAAGGGCAUCCUCCAGAUUGCAGAUUUUGGUCUGGCUCGACACUACGAGGGACCCACACCUAGGUUAGGACACGGUGCUGGGGAGGGCAAGAGGGAAUACACUGGCCUCGUCGUCACUAGAUGGUACAGACCCCCUGAGCUGUUGCUUCACCUGAAGAAGUACACAACUGCUAUUGACGUCUGGGGAGUCGGUUGCGUUUUUGGCGAAAUGCUGGUUGGGAAACCGAUUUUGGCGGGUGAGAGUGACUCUCACCAGCUAGACAUUAUCUGGGACUUGAUGGGAUCACCCACGCCAGAGAACAUGCCUCUAUUCAACACACUUCCUGGCGCCGAGGCCGUUUCCCCACGUACGAGACCUGGCAGUUUAUCCACAAGAUUCAGAGAAUACGGCUCAGGGGCUAUCUCUCUCCUAAAGGAACUCCUCAGACUCGACUGGCGAUCUCGCAUCAACGCCGCCGACGCCCUGAACCACCCUUACUUUAAGAUGGCCCCCAUGCCGGCGAAUCCUGAUGAUCUCCCAACCUUUGAAGACAGCCACGAGUUGGACAGGCGCAAGUUCCACGACCGCAAAGCAGCUUUACCUCCAGCACCCAAGGGCGGGACGGUAGGCAUUGGUCCCGAUGCACACGGUGCCAAUGCCGGCUUCAAUAACACCGAGAAUUACUCAAAUCGCAACGGUGUUAACGGAAAUCGCCAUUCAAAUGCUCCUGGACUGCACCGAAACGGCGAGGAACGAAGACCAGCUUGGCAGCGCGAGCGUGGGGAACGAGGGCUGCCGCCUAGGCCUCCGCCGCCAGAAUAUGCCAACGGCGGCCCAAUGGAGCGAGACGGCUACCGGGACAGAGAUAGAGACCGACGACCCAGAAGCCGUGGAGGGCCACGGCCAGGACCAGAUGUUGACACCUACAUCCCAAGCUAUGGGAGGGACGACGGCCCACGACACAGGGAUGAUCGGCCCCCGCGAGAACGCCGACGCAACAGUAGGGAUGAGCGAUGGCAUGAUCGAGACUGGGAUCGCCGGACUAGGAGUCGCAGUCGAUCUCCAAUGAGAGAACGUGAUCGUGAACGAGAGGGGUACCGCAGAUAG